ACAGGGAGAUCCCUGUUCUCUGGGUGUCUUGGUGCUUGAGCCCUGGAUUACGCCUGCAUCCACCUGGAGCCGUGCCUUGCCGUGCUGUUACAAGGGGCACCCCCUUUGGAGUGCGCUGACUUUGGGGUGCGGCCUCCAGCCCUGUGCUGCUGAUUCCUGUGUGUGCUGACUGCAAGUGGUACUCUGGUCACGUUGUGGGUGCCAGAGGAUCCUUUGGACUUGCUGCACUGAGGGCCCUGGGCUCUACUCAUUCAGGGAAGGGAGGCCCUCCAGGUCACACUCGACGAUGUCGCUCUCUGUGCGACCCCAACGUCGCGUCCUCGCCGCCAGGAUCAAUAGGAGCCAGUCGUUUGCUGGGGUGAAUUCAACGCAGGACAAGGCCUUCAGGAACCUCCCUGCCUUCAGCACCCCCACGGUCUCCCGGAAGUCUGGCUCCCGAGUCAGUAGGAUGUUCUCAAUGUCCCACAAAUCCCCGCCACCCAAGGUGCCACAGCCUGACCGACUAGACGAGGUGUACGAAGCACUGAAGAAGGGCCUGACAGCCUAUCUGGAGGUGCACCAGCUGGAACUGGAGAAACUCAGCACCCAGAUCCGAGAAUCCAAGAGGAAUUCCCGCCUGGGCUUUCUCUAUGACCUCGAUAAGCAAGUCAAGUCAAUCGAGCGGUUCCUGCGGCGGCUGGAAUUCCAUGCUAGCAAGAUUGACGAGCUCUACGAGGCAUACUGCAUCCAACGGCGGCUCCGCGAUGGGGCCCACAACAUGGUCAAGGCCUAUACAGCUGCUUCCCCAGGCAGCAGAGAAGCACGUGAGAGCCUGGCUGAGGCCAGCAAAGGCUACAAGGAGUACACAGAGAAUAUGUGCCUGCUGGAGAGUGAGCUGGAGAGUCAGCUGGGGGAGUUCCAUGUGAAGAUGAAAGGACUGGCUGGGUUUGCAAGGCUCUGUGCUGGGGACCAAUAUGAGAUCUUCAUGAAAUAUGGGCGCCAGCGGUGGAAGCUAAAAGGGCGUAUCGAGGUGAAUGGGAAGCAGGUGUGGGACAGUGAGGAGAUGGUGUUCCUGCCCCUCAUCACAGAGUUCCUCUCCAUCAAGGUGACGGAGCUCAAGAGCCUGGCCAACCACGUGGUGGUUGGCAAUGUCUCAUGUGAGACCAAGGAUCUGUUUGCGGCACUGCCCCAGGUGGUGGCAGUGGACAUCAACGACCUGGGCACUAUCAAGCUCAGCCUGGAGGUGACCUGGAACCCCUUUGACAAGGAUGAUCAGCCUUCUGCUGCCAGCACGGUCAACAAAGCCUCCACUGUGAACAAGCGAUUCUCCACCUACAACCAGAGCCCACCCGACACGCCCUCCCUGCGGGAGCAGGCCUUCUAUAGCACAGCACGGGCAGCCACCAACAAGCACAGGUGGUCUUUGCUGGACAUCUUCCGUGAGACGCUCCUCGAGAAGCUGUCUCGGAGCUGCUCCUGCAGCGAUGUCUCCUCAGUCGAACUUGGGAGAUGUCCACGGCAGGGCUCUAACAUGCUGCGGCGACAGGAAGAGCUGGAAAAUGGCACAGCCUGGUCCAUCUCGUCAGAGUCGUCGGACGAUUCCUCUAGCCCCCAGCUGUCAGGCAGCACCCGCCAUGCCUCCCACAAACCCAUUGUGCAGCCUGAGGUACAGGCCUCUGCUCCCGCCAUAGAGAUUUCCUUCUCCCAGCAAGAGGAAGCAGGAGCAGGCACCCCUGCUGUGGCUGAACCACCCAAUCAGCAAGAGGAGCCAUGCUGCGUCAGAAAGGAGGUGGUGGCAAAUGGACACGUGCCCUACUCCCGGACUCUGAGCCAAAUCAGCGAGGCCAGCGUUGACGCAGCAAUGGAUGGCAGGGAGCUCCAGGACACAGGGGGUGCUAGUGCCCAUGUGCAGGAGGCUUCUCCAGCCUCUGAGGACUCCAGUGCCAGGGAGCUGCCUCUUUUAGAAAUUAACUCCCUCCCUGGGGCCUCAAAUCCAAUGCCAGAGACCAGGGUGAGGAAGGACAGAGGGCAGGAAGCUAAGCCCCGCGCGGCUGUCUCUUGGGCUGAGGCCUGUGUGCCCAUACUGGUGCAACCUGAAACAGCCUUGUGCCAAGCCCUAGCACCCCAGGGGUGCAAGGCGGACCCAAGUCAGCCAGUAGUGUUGAAGCAGGUCUUGGAGGAGGAGAGACCAACCCCUGUGCCCGCAGAGGUGCCAAGGGUGAAACCUGUGGACUCUGGCCUGGAUGAGGCCAUCAGCUCACUGAGCUCAGCCCUGGAUGACUACCGGGGACAGUUCCCUGAGCUGCAGCCCUUGGAGCGGGAGCUGAAACGCCUGGAGGAGAUCCUCAUGCACAAGCAGGGCGUCUUCCUCAGCCGUGCCUCCAGCAUGAGCCUGACGGUGGAGCAUGCGCUGGAGAGCUUCAGCUUCCUAAACACCUCUGACAUGGAUGACUCAGAGUGCUCGGAGGAAGAAGGUGGCAGGAGUGAGAGGAAGGCUGGUGGUGCCCGAGCUGGGGAUGGGGCUCUAGGCACCUAUGAGGUGAUGGCUGAGGACACUGGCAUCUGCAGCGGCUCUGAGGGAAGCACUGACCCCAUGAGCACUGGCAAUGAGUUCCUGGACAGGGCUCUGGUUCUUCAUCUCAAUAACUGCAACCUUCUGCUGCUGAAACUGGGCACGUUUGGCCCCCUGCGGUGCCGGGAGAUGUAUGCCCUGGACAAGCUGAUGAGGGAGGCACAGGUGCUGGAGGUCGUCUGCCAGCUGACAGAGGAGAAGUCAGGGGCAGCUGGCACAGCCAUGGAAGUGGUGCAAUUCUCCACCCGGAAGGAAGGUGUGUUGCCCUUCUGGGAUCGCUGUGUGGAGCUGCCCAAUGUCUACACCUGUCCUGUAGAGAGGUUUCUACAGGCACUCAGUGCCCAGUAUACAGUGCCCAUCAGUGAGCGGCAGCUGGGCUUGGCAGACUCAGUCUGUGUGAAGCUGGUGGAGGAUGUGCUGGAUCGUCGGCUGCCCAAGCGGCCUGGGAGCAGCCAUGGGGAACAGGUCACCAUCUUCCAGUACUGGAGCUACUUUGAGUCAUUCAGCAUAGAGUCCCUAGAUUCCUAUGUUAUGGAGCUGGCUGAGGAAGUACUGCUGGCACAGAACCUGAACUCAGAUGACCAGGAUGUGGUGCUGAAGGCAUUGAAGCGAGUACCUGAGAGCCGGCUUAAGAAGGAGGGGCUGAAGGCCUUGAGCUCACUGCUUGUGGAGGGCAACAGCAAGGUCAUCAGUGCUGUGUCUGCUCAGCUGCGCAGCCUGGCAGAAAACCCCCGCUUCCGGGAAAGAGCUUUGGUCUGUUACUUGGAACAGCUAGAAGAUGAAGAGGUGCAGACACGCAUCGGUGGGUGCGCAGCCCUGGGGUGUCUCAAGGCCAAAGAGAGCAUUGAGCAGCUGGUGUAUCUGUGCCAAACUGACAAGGAAGAUGUGCGGGAAGCAGCCAAGCAAAGCCUGAUGCUGUGUGGGGAGGAUGGUAAGUCUGCUCACCGCCGGCUGGAGGAAACCCUGGACAGCUUACCGAGGAUCUUUGCCCCAGGCAGCAUGGCCAGCACGGCUUUCUGAGAGAUGCCAGUACUUACUUACCCUGAUCCCUUUGGGGCAGAGGCACCGUCAAGCUGCCCUAGGCUCACAUGGACUGGUCCAGACCCAGCGUGUCAUGGCCUGAUGCAGCUCCCAGCCCUUUGGAACAACGAGCAGUAUUAGGACCUCCCCAGCAGCUCGCACAGCCCAUUCACUGCCUUACAGAGCACAGCUUUCCCUCACACCCGGACACUGGGCUAGAGGGGGCUGCUGCAUACAUGAUGCCACAGUCUCUCUGGGGAUUGGGGCCUUGGACACUCCUCUCCUACCUUGCUUCUCAAUUUGAACUUGCUGGGUGGAGCUGGAGUUCAUGCACCCCCUGCCGGAGAUAAGAUUGGCAUGUGAAGGCUGCAUCAGGACUCCUCUUCUACUUGCCUUCCAGUAGCUUGCAGGCUGCUUGGCCUUCCUGGGAUGGACAUGCACUUUGAAGCUGUUAUUUCUUCUUGGGAGCUCCUUUGCUAUGGGGAUUGUCCCCAUUCAAUGCUUGGAGUCCCCAGGACUUAAUAAAACAAGACAUAGAUAUUAAUAUAUUCUGCUGGCAUUUCUUCUUUUCAGCUCCAAGUGCCUCCUGCUGGUGUUGGCUGCAGGGAGCACACAGCAUUAUGCAGGGACCCAGAUUGGAGCCUUCCCCUGGGGCUUAGCUGGUUCUUAAGGCGUGCUGUGUAGAGGGCAUGGAAAGGAGGACCAGACAGAGGGACACACAGACAGAAGCUGCCACCUUUUUUUUGGUUUUUUAAUUUUAUUUUAUUUUUUAUUUACAGAAUUUUUUUGCAGAAAAACAAAAGCAAAAAAUCCUUUUCUAUAAAGUCUCUAUAAAUCUAUAUAUAAUGUAAUUACAGAGAAUGGCUAAUUUUGAUUUAAAUUCAGAAAUAAAAAUAAACCUUUAAUGAGUGAAGGUGUCAUUUUGUGACAGCGUUGCAGGCAGCAGGGAGUCGGGAUUGUGGAGUUCUAGGGCUCUGGGCUAUGCUAGCAUGGGUUUGUUAGUAGAGCAGGAGGGCUACUUCCUGCUCAGCCCUUUGCCUGGGUCCCCUGGCAGAUCAAGUUGUACCUCUCUGUACCUGCCCACCUGUAAUGCAGGGAUGCUGAAUCUCCCAGGGCUAGAUAGCCAAAUUGUCAAAUUUCUCUAGCAAAACUUCCAACAGGACUACCUGUAGCGUCCUCACAUCCAGCCUGGGAAUAUAAGGGGCUCACGGGUUUCCCAGGGCUGAUGCCAAGUGUGUGAAUAGUGACUGUUGUUCUGUGAAGCCGUAACAUAAGGCCCCAGCAAGCAAAAGGCCACCACACAAAGGACUCUUCUCGCUGUGGGUUCUAGGUAUUCAAGUCUGGCUUCUGUAACAUACAGAACUAACCCACGCACCCACCUCCAUGUCAAUGCAGGCAGUUUCCAGUGCAAGGACCAGAGGCAGCCAACCACCCAAACUGAGCCCCACCAAUGGAGCUGUCAGGAGAAAUGCCUGUUCCUUGCUUCGCCAUCUGCAUGAAGCUGAGAAGAAAGCCAUGUGUGUAUGGAACAAGGACGACGAUAGGCCCAACUUGUAUAGGGUGUCAGCAACAUGGCAGGGGCAACAGCUGGAGAGUGAGUAUUUUUCUGCUUAUAACUCACCCAUCAACAGCUUCUUUGUAUUAGUGAGUUGCAGGGUGCAGACCUGUGUCAAAAACCUGUCUGAGAAUAGCACAGGAAUGCAUUUGGGCCAUCUUCUUUAAGGGCAUGCAGUAGCAGCUGAUCAUGAGGUUCUUGCCUCAACUCUGUGGUCUCCACAUCAGUCUUGCAAUCUAAUGGAAAUCCCAGCACACAAAGCUCUUUGUGGAAGGGUUCAGAGCCAGGGUUAUCUUAAGGCUUGUUCUUUUGCCAAAGAAACCUUCUUCUGACCAAGAACAUGAACCUCAGCCACUCAAAUAAUGGGUCUUGGAGCCACAGCAGCUGGCUCUAUAUUCCCAAUAUUAGUGGUAUGAGCCAGACCCUUGGAUACCAAUGUGCAGGCUGGCUUGUACUUGUGGGAACCAGCAUCUAGUAAAGCUUUAACCCCUUUCUUCCACCAUACUGAGCUUUCUGCAGUGCUCAGGGACAUGAGGAAAGCUGUGCAGUCCCAGCAUGUGACUCUGGGAAGGAUGAUAGGGAGGGGAGUGGCUGGAGUUCUUACUAGUCAUCCCUUACGUUCUUUCCAGAAGGAAAAAUGUAACUUCCAUCAACUGGCAGAGGUCCUCCAUAUCUCAGAUAGCUGGUGUUUAUGUUGUAGCUCAGUUUUCAAACAACAGCAUCAACUCAAAUGGAAUUUUAUUGGGAACACUUAUUCUAUACUUGCUUUAAGUUAGUGAUAGGCUGUUCUGAAACAGGCAUUCUUCAGGUGUGUUGGCAACUUGGACAUGGCAGGACUGAAAGCCAGGACAAGAACUAAUUGCAAAAAUUUGUCCUUUGGGCUGUGGGAUGUCCUGCAAAGAACCAGGACAGUAAUUGGGGUGACUGGAUUCAAGAACUUUGUGCUUUCAGAGCAAAGUCUGCUUUCACUAUUUGGCCUUAACUUGUCACCUUAAACAAUGUUAGUGCCUCUUCUUUGAAAGGCAAAAGUAGAUUUCUCCCUUCUCUGAACUCCAUAAAAGCUAAAAGGAUCUUGCAUAAACCUAGAAAAAUAAUAGCCAGCAGGCAGAGAGUGAGCCUGGAAAUCCAUCCUCUAAAAGGGUGUUGGUUCAGCAUGGUGGGAACAAGAAGAAAGAUUGGAUUGGAUGCUGCCUUAACUCUUAAGGCUGCUGCUAUCCAGAUCUGAGAUUACUGAUAGGAAUCUAGGUUAUGCAUGGGAAAUGAGAGGCAGUUCUUUGGUGACAGAAUGCAAAAACCUUUGCUUUCUCCCAUGCCUUGAGCAGCAGACAAGUGCAGUUGGCUCAGUCUGUUUAGAUAUCUGAGCACUGCCCCUUAUCAAUAUUAAGAGGCAGACAGGGCUGCACCGGGCUCUGACCAACUGCAGUCAUGGCAGAGUGGUUGAGUGUGUUAGUCAUGUUUCCUUGCCCAUCUGCCUGGUGUAGAACAGAGGAAGGCAUGUUAAAGGGGAUAGAAAGAUGGGACUUUACAACUGAGAUCGAACCACAAAACUCUUCUCUGUCCCCCCAGCUGAUAGUCAUUUGUCAGCCCUUUAAGUCUCAGACUUCUCCACAGCUCCUAGGAAGCAUGGACCUCUUCCUCCACCCCACCCCAUGUGUUGCUUUCCCAGCGUACCUAUGCUCUAGGAUAGGAAUACUCAGUGGUAUCCUGGCAGUCAUGGUUAAUCCUUGAAGAGGAGCCAGGAUGAGACUUCCCUCCAGUUUUAAACUUUCUGUCUCCUAGAAGUUUCAUCCUUCUGUAGCAAUCCUCAUUCACUAAUAGAAAACAAGGCUGUUGUGAAGGUGAAGCUGAAGCUGUUCUCCCUUCAUAUUUUGCCUUUGAACUCACUCUCCACUCCCCAGUUGGGAUCUCCCAGUUUCUGCUGCUGAAAGAAACCCCUUAAAAAUGUGUUAAAUUGCUCUGCUGCGUGUGUUGUGUGCCUGAGGCUCCUGGAAGUGGUCCUGUAAAUGCAGUUUCUUUCCUCUGUGCACCUGACAAUCUUUGGUGCCCAUCUGUAUCAUUGUUUCUGUUGUAAAUUCAGUCAGUUCCCUCUUCUUCCUGUGGGUCUCACAGCCAGGGGGAACAUGUUUAAAAACAGAAAUGGAGCUGCAAAGCCACAAACUGAUAGAUGUCAAAUCACCCAUGUCCAAUCAAACAACUAUUAAGAAAAAACAAAACUUCCUAACUGUAAGAGCAGUUCUCAACCUUGUCAGAGUCCCUCCCCAAGUUUUCUGAAUGUGGUGGCAGACCUGAUUGAGAACUGUUGUGUUCAACUUGCUUCAGAGCUGCUCAACCAGGUGUUGCCACCUCCAGGUAAAACUUUCCCAUGCUCCUGCUGUGCAGCCAGACUGGGAAGGGCUGUGGUACAUGCUUGUGUUCCUGCUGCAUUAGAGUACUCUGGUAAGCCUAAAGCAGGAAGGACGGACAGCAAGCUCAUGUUCCAGCCCUUCCCGGCCUGACAUCACAGCAUCUUCCAGCAACAGAGGCAGGCAGAACUGUCCUAUGUGCCUGUUUCCAGGAAGAAUAGGGAGGGAGCCAUAGGGAGAGCUGCAGCCUGAUUCGACUCUACCUAAUGCAAGAGGAGCAUGUGCAUACUGCUGCCCUGACCAAGGGGCAAUUUUACCUGGUCCCUGCAACCACAUGGUGGCAUCUGCAUUACAGCAACCUUGACAGGGGUCUCAUGACAUCCCAGGGUGCUGCAGCACCCUGAGAACCGCUGCCUUAGAGCGAAACAAGUCAUCUUCACACAGUUAAGACUAUUACUAGACCUAAGUUUUCCUAAAUUCAUGUGCUUUUCUCAAAGAUGCAAAUAAUAGGUGGUUCUGAACAAAUGAUACUUCCUUCCCUGAAAAGAACAAAACCUGUAUCAGUGGCACAGUGAGUUAACUAACCAGAGCAGGGUGUUCCAGACUAGGUGUUUCCAGAGAGAAAAAAUGUUAACGUGUAAAAGUUAAGAGGCAGAGACAUCCAUACAAGCCCUUAAAAACAAGGGAAUGUCACAUGAAGUUAUUUUAUCUGUAUACUUGCCAUUCACUGAGACUAGCCCUCUGUAUAGAAGACCCAGAGAUUACCCAUUGCUUAUUAUUGCUAUGUAACAGUUCUCUGCAACAUCAUCAUACCUUAGAUGUUUGUGCAGCAGUGAACUGAUAACCUGUGUGCAUGGGGAAGCAGAUGGUCAGUUAGUGUUGUAUUGUGACUGGAUGGUGAGGAAUACAAUUUGUAUACUGCUACUGUACUCACUGGAAAUUUUGGGGACUUGCUGAUGGUUGGCCUUAACAAAGAUAGAUCUGUGCCAGAAUUUCCUGGGAGGUUUUAAAAGUAUAUGCUUGAGUUACGUAGAAAAAAGAUCUCUUCUCCUUCAAUACUGUGAGAAUUUGCAUGCAGGGUGGCAGUUUCAAAGGUGCAGAUUUGUACAGGUCAAAAUCAAUGUUUUUUCUUUGUAAUUGUGUAAAGAAAGUAAACUUUUUCCUGACAGUGAUGACCCACGUGUAACAGAACAGUUCAGCCUCUGACAAAUGGAACAUACCAAACAGGAAUAAACAUUUCAUCCUGCA